AUGCCAUGUAUACCCUUACCACCCGAACCUAUUUUUACAAGAUGGAGAAUAUGGUUUUUCUAUGCAAAUAAUUUUAAAGAGUUUAAAAACGUGAUUGAAAGUUUAACAGAUAAUGCUACAAGUGUCGAAAAGUUGAAUCCGCUCGUACAAAAUAAUGCAGUCAAAUGUGGUUUAGCAUGCAUAAAAUUAUACUUAUCCAAGUUAUCCAUGAAUCUGAAAAAUUUGGAAGAAUCUAACAGUGAACUACUGAAAAGCAUGGAUAUUUUUAGAAAAAUUGUAGAUAUUUUAACAAAUAUUCCUGGUCCAAAUGGGAAAAAAAAUUAA